AUGAGUGCACCUUCGGUUACGUUCACGUUUAUCAGACAUGGAGAAUCGACGGACAAUCUGCGCAGCGUGUGGGCUGGAUGGAAGGACUCACCUCUAUCUAACCAUGGAAUGAAUCAAGCGAAGGAAAUGGGGAAAUCACUCUCUCAUGUUCGUUUCGCUGCCAUUCAUACUUCUCCGCUGAAACGCGCUCUGUGGACUGCCGAAGCACUUCGCCAAGUCCAGAGUGAGCCGAAACCCCCACUAACCACGUCACUCCUCCUACGUGAACAACACUGGGGUAUUGCAGAAGGGAAGCCGUGGAUUAUGGAAUUCCUUCCCGGCGUGACGCUAGAACAACACUAUGAACGUGGAGUAUACCCUGUAUUGCACGGCCGAGGACAGAAAUUCCCCGAAGGCGAGAGCCUGGAUGACUUGGCAGCGAGAGCCAACGUAGCCAUCGAAGAAAUUAUCAUGCCGCACAUUCGCGCCGCGGCACGGUCAGGGAAGAAAGGGAUCCAUGUUGCGAUCGUGAGCCACGGGCUCUGUAUUAGUGAAAUUAUCCUAGCAUUGCUUAAGAGGGAUGGGAGCGGGACUGUCCACGAGCGUCACUACAGAGGUCUAUUGAAUACUGCUUGGUCAAGAGUAACGGUAGAUGUUGACGGCGCACAAGAUAGCGAAGCACUCGAGUUUUCCGAUGAAGACACUCCGAUUUUGCAUAUGCGCGUCACUGAAAUCAAUCGUCACGAACAUCUCGACAACGUAGAGAAACGACAGAAGGGAGGGAUAGGCAGUUCAGAGUAUGACCCGAAGCAGCAAGAUAUACGUGCAUUCUUCGGAGGCGGGGGAACGAAAGCUCAGCCUCCGGAAGAGGGUCGUAGUGUGAGUAAUGCCAGAGAUGAGGCUGAUGAAGAUCUUCAGUAG